AUUCAUGCACUUCAAAGGUUCAGAGGUGAAAAAUGUUAGAGAGAAUGACUAUAAUUUCAGAGUGUUUCUGUGUUAUUCUCCUGCUUUAUUCAUGUGGCUCCGUAGUUUGUGUUAAAUACAACACUGGAGCAAGUAUUGUGCCAGGCAAAUUGAAUGUUCAUCUUGUUGCUCAUUCCCAUGAUGAUGUUGGCUGGCUCAAGACCGUUGAUCAAUACUAUGUUGGGUCCAACCAUACAAUUCAGGGGGCAUGUGUGGAGAAUGUGCUGGAUUCGGUGGUUAUGUCCCUGCAGCGAGACCAAAACAGGAAGUUUGUAUUCGCUGAGAUGGCAUUUUUCCAUAGAUGGUGGGUGGAACAAACUCCAGAAACACAAGCGCAAGUGACAAAGCUUGUGGAUGGUGGCCAGCUAGAAUUUGUAAAUGGUGGUUGGUGCAUGCAUGAUGAAGCAACUACUCACUACGUAGACAUGAUUGAUCAAACGACUCUGGGUCACCGCUUCAUCAAAAACCAAUUCAACAAGGUCCCUCGUGCAGGAUGGCAGAUUGAUACCUUUGGACAUUCUGCUGUUCAAGCUUAUUUGCUUGGUGCUGAGCUUGGUUUUGAUUCAGUGCACUUCGCUAGGAUUGAUUAUCAGGACAGAGAAAAACGCAAAGUUGAUAAAACUCUUGAAGCUGUGUGGCGUGGCUCCAAGACAUUUGGCUCUUCAGCCCAGAUUUUUUCCAACACUUUUCCUGUUCGUUAUGGUCCACCGGAAAACUUCCAUUUUGAAGUCAAUGACGACUUUGUUCCCAUACAGGAUGAUCCCCUUCUAUUUGAUUACAAUGUGGAACAGCGAGUCCGGGACUUCAUUGCUGCUGCUAUUACACAAGCAAAUGUGACUAGGACGAACCAUAUCAUGUGGACAAUGGGCGAUGAUUUCCAGUACCAAUAUGCAGAGAGUUGGUUCAAGCAAAUGGAUAAACUAAUUCACCAUGUUAACAAGGAUGGCAGAAUGAAUGCUUUAUAUUCUACCCCAUCUAUUUACACUGAUGCAAAAAAUGCUGCAAAUCAACAAUGGCCACUGAAAAUUGAUGAUUACUUCCCGUAUGCAGAUGGUCCACAUGAUUGUUGGACAGGCUAUUACACCAGUCGCCCAGCCUUUAAGCGAUAUGUUAGGAUCCUAAGUGGAUACUAUUUGGCAGCACGCCAACUUGAAUUUUUUGCGGGAAAGAAAUCCACUGUAAACCACACUUCAGACCUUGGAGAUGCUCUGGCCAUUGCACAGCAUCAUGAUGCUGUCUCUGGCACUGCCAAGCAACACACAACUGAUGACUAUGCAAAACGACUUGCCAUUGGAGCCUCAAGGGCUGAGGAUGUUGUUAGUUCCUCUUUGUAUUUCCUUAGUAGCAAGAAAAGCACAGCACCCACAUCGGCAUUUUCCCAGUGUCAAUUACUCAACAUCAGUUACUGUCCACCAACAGAAGACAGUAUUCCACAAGCUAAUAGUUUGGUAUUAGUGGUGUAUAACCCACUUGGAUGGAAUCGUUCAGACAUUUUAAGAAUUCCAGUUAAUGACGCAAACCUUGUUGUCAAAGAUUCAUUGGGAAAUAAUGUUCAAACACAAUACAUAGAAGUGGAUAGUGUUACAGCAAAUUUAAGAGAAAUCUACGUCAAAGUCUAUCUUGGGGUGUCACCAAAACAAGCCCCAAAGUACUGGCUUCUGUUUCAGGCUUCAGUACCUCCACUUGGAUGGAGUACGUAUUUCAUUUCUAAAACAGAAAAAAAAGUUGAAAGCAGAAAGGGAUUUCUUUCGCACCUCACCACCAGUCAGAGAAACGAUACAAUUGAAGUAGGACCUGGAAAUUUGAAGCUGUCUUUUUCUUCAAGGUCUGGACAACUCAUACGCAUGCAUAAUUCCAGAACUGGAGUAGAUGUACAAAUUCAGCAAAGCUAUCUCUGGUAUAAUUCUAGUGAUUCUGGCGCAUAUACUUUUCGGCCCGAUUCCCCUCCAAUUAUUGUUUCAAAAUCAGUGCCCUUCAAGAUAAUCCGCGGACCAUUAGUGGAUGAGGUUCAUCAGAAUUUUAGUUCAUGGAUUUACCAGAUUACCAGGGUUUACAAAGACAAGGAGCAUGCUGAGAUUGAAUACACUAUUGGUUCAAUUCCUACGGAGGAUGAAGUUGGGAAAGAGGUAAUCACACAAUUGACAACAGGUAUGCUGACAAACAAAGAGUUUUACACUGAUUCUAAUGGAAGAGAUUUUUUGAAACGGGUACGAGAUUAUAGGGAAGAUUGGCCCCUUAAAGUUAAUGAGCCAGUAGCAGGCAACUAUUAUCCACUCAAUCUUGGAAUUUAUAUUAAGGAUAAGAAAUCUGAAUUAUCAAUCUUAGUUGAUCGGGCUACUGGAGGAGGCAGUAUAAAAGAUGGUCAGGUGGAACUCAUGCUUCAUAGGCGACUGCUUUCUGAUGAUGGCAAAGGAGUAAACGAAAAUCUUGACGAACAAGUGUGCCAAAAUAAUAAUUGUCAAGGACUAACAGUAAGAGGAAAUUAUCAUGUGGCCAUCCACAACCUUGGAGCUGGUUCACAAUGGCGCCGUACAACUGGUCAGGAAAUUUAUUCACCACUGUUAUUGGCGUUUACACAUGAGAACAUGGGAAAUUGGAAGACCUUCCAUGAGACCAAAGGAACUCUCAUUGACCCUAAUUACAGCUUACCUCCCAAUGUAGCUCUGAUAACUCUCGAGGAGUUGGAUGAUGGAAUGGUGCUUCUCCGUUUGGCGCAUCUAUAUGAGUCUGGUGAAGACGCCCAGCUUUCAACUUUAACCAAAGUUGAAUUGAAGAAAAUGUUUAUCACAAAAACGAUAAAGCAGUUGACUGAGGUCAGUUUAUCAGCUAACCAAGAGAGGUCAAAAAUGAAGAAGAAAACAUGGAAGGUUGAAGGGGACAAGGGACAAGAAUCAAAAGCAGUUAGGGGUGGUCCUGUCAGCCAAAUCACUCUUGUAGUUGAACUUGGUCCAAUGGAAAUUCGCACUUUCCUACUGAAAUUCUAAAAAUGGCACAACUCAAUAUGAAUAUUUUAUCAUAAAACAUGUUCAUUGCAAUCUUCUGUAUCUUAUUGUAGAAUCCUGUUAGACAAUUAAUUAUGCAAAUUAAACUUACAAUUUAUUUAUAAAUACUUGUAA